ACACACGUGCUAGUCAUGUCUCAUGUAUUUAUUUUAAAUCCUUUUAUAGAACGACUUUUGAUGGCGAUUUUCUGCACUCUGGUGAACGACUUUUGAUGAUUUGCUGCACUCUGGUGGUAGAGUUAUGUACUACAAUGCUAACGUCUGUUUUGGCGUUUACCGAGCAAUCGGAUUUGACAAAACCUCAUCAUGCUGGAUGCAAUCUUACUUGGAGGGGAGGAAACAGGUGAUAGAGGAGACCCCGGCGAAUGGACCAGAUGUGACUUACCAGCUGCGGGUGACGUUCUUUGAUAGAAACUGUCAGUACUUCUUUGGGAGAACAUGGAAGAGUGCGCCGCAGAAGAUGAAGAACAACAAGAUGUCCCUUAAUGAGAUCCUGUAUUUCCAUACGUCUCUGCGGUUGCCCAGCACGGUGUUGGUUUUGGAGCUGGUGGCAUUGUCAGUGAGGUCAGACGGUUCGCAACUAGCCCUGGGGCAAGGCUUCACAGUUCUGGAUCUCUUCCCCAACAAGACAGAACCUCAAGGGGACAGAAGACUGAAUCUUCUCCAUGGAUCACCAAGAAUUCUUCUUCACCCACAGCUGAAGGACACCGUUGACUACGGCGAUCUUUUGAAAACCAUUGACGGAGCACACUUGGAGUGUGGGUUAAAAGGCCAUCCUUCAUUGGCUCCCAUGAUGCACCUGCUUCCGGAGAAUGUCCUUGUGUCCAAAGAUGAGAACAUUCCUGGUCUAGCACCUUCUCCAACAGGCGAUGCUCUGUUGAAACCUGUGCUGCUCAAUAUGCUGCCCUUCACCCUGCACAGACUGACAGUCUGCCUCCAGCCGUCCCUCGAGGCCUUUGAGAAUCAGCUGCUGGAGCUGAUCAAUGCCGACUGCCAGAACACGAAACAGCCAAGCCAAGAUAGCUCCCUGCAAGUGGUUGUUAUCCAGGAAAGAAGGCUUCAUGUUGGGGUCCACAAUGGCUGGUGUUUCAUAGAUACACCUCAAGUGGUGGUGCUGGAACCUAUUUUUGCAGGAUUCAAGGGGCAAGCGGAGAGCACCUCCAAAAAGAAUACUCAGACCAAGGACAGCUUGACAGUAUCAUCUGUGCCUCAGACGUUGGGCCUUCGCAGCAACCUGGAGCUCAGGCUAUUCAAUCAUCAGGCCAUAGCUGUGAUCUUCCAGCUCGAAUACGUCUUCUCCGCUCCAAUUGGCCGAGAGACAAUGCUGUCGGCCACAUCAACACCGAGGGCAGCUUUCCUGCAGUGCCUCCGUUGGGCCAUGCUGUGUCCCUUCCAGGAGGGGACGGACCCGAAAGGGGAAGAGACACAGCUGGUUCUGCAAGGCGGUGCACAUCCGAACCCUCUCGGAGUCAUGGUUUACAGCCCAGUCCAAAUUGAGAGCUCUGCACCACCUUCAGGCUCAGCUCAGGUAGUAACAAAGAAAGACGAAGAAACGCUCUUGCCCAAGAAAGCAAAGCUACUGGAUACAGUCAAAUUCCGCCUGUCACCAAGUUUGGAUAAGACUUCAUCAAGCCCGAAGGCAUCUCUGAGGACAAAGCUGGAGGAUGCAUCAGGUCAGGGAAGAUCCGCCUCGUCGCCUCUCCAAAGUCCAAAUGACAGUCAAGCAACGCCUCCAGAAUCCCCACAGGGCCCCAAGCUCUCGCUGUCUCAACUGGCAGCUACUUCACGCUACCCGACCAUCAGCCAGUCUAGCUCGGGGUUGCCAUGGCAACAGUCGUUUCCUGCUCUUCUCCAUCCUUCCCUGACGGCGACGGCCCACCAGCCGUCACAUGUCGCCUACUCAGCUGUCAGCAAUAUUUCCCACUUAGAGACGGACCUUCGCUCCGUCAAAGAUGGGUCACCUAACAACGAAGAACUUCAGGAGCUCCCGUUCCACUCUGCCCAAGCACCAGUCAUCACUGCGGGGAUGACCGCACCAAGGUCUUCCUCAGUCAGUUCCAGGGGCUCGCUUGCCCAUCUCUACUCUGCUGGAUUCCCUGAUAUUGUGGACUCCAGGGGCCAGGUGGCUGAAGUCUUGGACCCCACAGAGCCGGUGCCCUUUGAUCCACACCGUGAAGAGCUGGACCCUUUGCAGGAGAAUCUUCUGGUGUUCCAGUUUCUAGCCUUUACAAGAAAACCAGUUAAAGGGGUUGCUCCUGAGUGGCCGAGCAACAUCUACUUCACCUUCCAGUUCUACCGCUUUCCACCGGUGACGUCGCAGCAGCUCCGACUGCUGAACAGCAGCAAAUUGCAGCAGAAACAUGGCGACCCGCUUCCUUGUGUUCUAACCGCCAUUAACAAUGACGGAAGCCUGAACUCUGACUCUCCUGGCCUGCAGGUGCAGUUCAGAGUAGACGACAGCUUUCUCAAGCCGGGAGAGAAACGUUGGUUCCUUCGCUACCUGGCACUUCACACCAUGCGCAUCGACAUCUGGGACAGUGACUCGUUGCUGCUAAUAGGUUCAACUGCCAUCGAGCUCAAGUACAUGUUGCGGCACGGUAAAAUGGCGGUACAAGCCCUCCAUGAGAUGGAAGUUCUGACAACCGAUUACGUGGGUGAGGAAACCCUGCAGACUGACCACGCCUCCAACCACCCCACGGCUGUCCACUCCAUCGUCAGGGGUCGUCUGCACAUUCGCACUGGAAACAUUGGGCACCAAGACGAUCCAAGCAGGAGAAGGGCAGUGGACCGCACGCAGUGUCAUUCUCACAUCAUCAUUCCUCGGGAAGUCACUUGUGGUUUCACCGGGGGGAGCCUGUCUAGCAGGAAUAUCCUCCAGCUCAACGUGAGGAACACUGCCCAGGCCCAGAGACUGCAGGUCCGCAGAGGCAGAAUCAACAUCGACGGCACCCUUUCUGGGGCGGAGCCCGACAGCGGACGCCGCAAGUUAGAGUGCAUGGCCGCCGUGCACCAGAAGGAGGGCAAAAAGGAAGGUUUCAAAACGACUAAGUCCAUGGAUCGGACUAAAAGACUCACGUUGACCAGACAACCUUACGUGACUGUGUCCUACGAAGACCUCAACAAGGCGGAGGGUAUCAGCAACAUGCUCUGCCACGCCAUCACUACCCCGCAUCAAAUCUUUGCCAGCCUGGGCUCUGCAGAGUACAUGGAAUUUGUCCUUAAAAACCCUUUCAACUCGCCUCAGACUGUCACCAUCCAAAGUGAUGAUCCCGAGCUCAGCGUCAUCACCAACACAGAGGAGUGGCAGUACUUUAAAGAACUCACAAGAACGCCCACCUCACUGGAGAAGGACAUGUUCAACAUGGAGAAAGGUGCUCCAGGUCCGAAGGUUUAUCUGAGGCCUAAGGAGAGCGUUCACAUUCCGCUGAAAUACCAAAGCUUCUUGUGUGACCACAACAUGGCUCCUCAGGGGCCGAGUUUCCUUCCUACAAGCAGGAGUUCUCCUCAGGCUAAGAAGAUUCUGUCCAAUAUUGUUGCUGCCAAAACCAUCAAGGCUUCUUUCAAAGCAGAAAACGGCGAUCCAAUAGCCAUCUGCCAGUUAAUAGUGGAGCCCACACCUCACGUCGUAGACCAGACGUUCCGGCUUUACCACCCGGAGCUCAGUUUCCUCAAGAAGUCCAUCCGCUUGCCGCCAUGGCACGCCCUCUCUGGCAGCACCGCAGGUGGUGGCACAGAUGCAAAGACGCACAUUUCUGUACGCUGCAGUGACCCCAACAUCAUCUGCCAGACUGGGAUGCUGGUGCCAGGAGAGCCUCAGGAUGUGUUCUUAAAAGUACCUGGCAGUCCUAGUCCCAACAUCAAAAUGUUCUACGUGAUGGUUUUCACUGACGAGUGGAUGGCGGCGCCCUCGCAGAUCUGGCAAAUUUACGUGCAUUUCAUGGAGCGGGUGGACGUCAAGUGUGUCACUGGCCAACGGAGCCGCCAAUCACUGGUGCUGAGGGGGAGGCAGGCCGCUCGCAAGGUCAAGUGCUUCUCGUCACGCCCCCAGGAGAUUGAGGUCCACCCUGCAGGUGUGUUCCUGCUGCCCCCCGCAGCUGUGCAGGAGCUCCAACUGAAGGUGCAGCCGUGGCGGGCGGGCAGCCGCUUCCUGUACUUGAACGCCGUGGACGUGGAGCAGAGGCAGCUGGUCACCGCUUGGCUACUCUGCCUUAAUGUCCAACGGCCUGUGCUGUCCAAGGCUUUCGAGGUGUGUGUCCCAGCUAACAGUGGGCGGGGCAGCUCCAAGAAGAUCACCUACACCAAUCCUUACAAGGGGAGCCGCACCUUCCUGCUGCGCUCCGACCAUCCUGAUCUGCUCCAGUUCAAGGAGGAUACGGUCCAGAUUGACGGCGGAGAGAGUACCACCAUAGGGCUGCGCUUUGCCCCCAGCCGGAGUCCUGGCGCGGCAGAGAUCCUGGUCUACGUCAACAACGUGGAGGAGAAGACGGAGGAGACCUUCUGCGUGAACGUCAACUACUCCUGAACGAGAUUUUAACCUCACAUGUGCUUUAUUUUUGCUACCUCCUGUACAUUGUCCGCAUUAUCCACGUAAUAAACAACAGUUUUCUGAAAGGGUGGCGCGCCACCAAACGAGAGCGUGAUUUAUUUUACGGUGUCCUAACGAGCCACCCUGAAAUAAAUCAAACCUUGCAAAGGCAAACUCUGCACAUUCGCAGCGGGUUCAGACUUUUAAUCAGCCGAGCUGCACUAACUUCUGCUGAGGUGUCCUGUCGCCGUUCGUGACGUUUCAUCCCCGACCAUCAGGAAGUGCACUAAGGGCGAACGCAAUACCGUUUUAAUCGACUUUAAUUAUCCGGCAAAUCCCGCCUCAAUGCCACCCAUGGUGGGUCUUUAAUCUAACACAGGGGUGUCCAAACUUUUUCCACUGAGUGCCACACACGGAAAAAUUUAAGCAUACGGGGGCCGUUUUGAUAUUUUUCAUUUUCAAACCAUAACAAAAUAUAUAUAUAUAUAUAUCAGUGGCGUGCGGUGAGGUUAAUGUCUGGUGAGGCACAGCAUCAU